UUGUCUGCAUUUUUUUUUCCUUCUUGUUUUAUUUUCCUUUCCUUUUCUAACACGAAAUGGCCCAGAUCCUAUCAGCCACAGCUGCCGUAAACACAACAUCGGUAAUCCCUUCCUUUAUUCCUCUCCAGUAACAGGGGGCAGAGAGGUGUCUGCCGAUUGGGAUUGAUUACAGCAGCUAUCAAAAGUCUCCUUUGUAAGAUCUGGAUCCUAAAUCACAUAAUUCUUUGAUAAAAGAAGCAUUACCAGUCCAUUUUCUGAAGUGAAAGGUAAGGGAGAAAUGAAAAAAAAGCAAUCAGCGGAGGCACUAAUAGGCAGGGAUGGGCAGGGAGCGGGGAAAGGCCCUUUGUGAAGGAUGGGGAACGGGGAUUAAUCUGCUUCAGCCGUAUGAUUAAUACAGCUGAGAGCAGAAUGGGUCUGAUUUGGGGAGCAGGACCUGGCCCCACAUUGUACUCAUGCCAAGUCUGGGAGCCGGGGGUGGGCACCAGCAGGCUACAAGGGGCUUUUCCCCUUGUAUUGAAAUGGUUAUAAUUUAUGUUACAAAUUCAAUAGCCAAAAGAGAAGCAAAAUAGAGGGAUGGAAGAAAAAUGACCGACAUUUGACCCACAGCAGUUUCACAGCUCUCACUCCUGUGUCGCUGGCACCACACUGCCCUGCCCACACACACCAAGCAACACCGUUCACCAGGGGGUUUCCUGCACCUUGCUGCAGACCUUGGCUUGCACAGCUCUAAAGGGCAAGAGAACUCGGGUUUAAGCAACCUGGGUUCAGCCCUCUCCUGCAAGACUGUGUCCUCAGGCUGCUCAUCUUGCUAGGCUCAGUGCGAGCACCCAUCCCUUCCGUGGUGAUUCCCAGAGAUGUUCAGUCCUGGGUACCACGUCCUCUCCACACUGCAAUCAGGACACAUCCAACAUGCCUCCCCACGGGCAGCUGAGAGAGAAGUGCUCACGUGCCACCAAGAUGUGCCACAGAACUGUACCACCAAGCCAGGCCACCAACAUGCUGUGAGUGGCCAUAAUCUAAUUUAUUAAGGGAUUUGAAUCCUUACCAAGAGCAUGUUAGAUGUAAAGCAUCUGUACUACCGUUCUGAUUAUGGCAGUGGAAGUGGGGGAAAGAAGGAGAGAAAAUUUUCAGCAGAAAAUAAGUCAACUUUUGCAGAGAGUUCUGGUGCAGCCAAAGGCUAUGCUCUCGUUAAAAAUGACCUUUUAUUAAGCUGAGCUCUCUUCUCUCUCAUAUUGUAUGAUAUGACAGCUCUCUUUUGAUGGGAAAGCUUUCAUUUGGCCAGAGAAAGGGAUAAUUUGCUUCUUGUAAGGAGUUAAUCCUCCAGUCCAUUUCUGUGCCGGGGAUGGCUGUCCUCCCCCUGCCCUGCACCGGAGGCUACGGCACAAUGGAGAUCAUAACCACCUCAAAUCUACACCUGAGAUGGAGAAAUCAGAUUUCCUUCUUGAGUCAUUUUUGUGGGAUUAGCUAAAUCUUAGAUCCACACUAACCCUUCACAAAGCCAAGAUUAGUUAGAAUUUAUUUUAUUCAGAAGGGGGUUUAUGGUUUUCUUUCCAAAGGGAUUAAAUAUCUUUCUAUAUAUAGGGUGGCUUCAGGCAUAAAGCAGCCAGGUUAGAGGGAGGAAAAGUGUGUAUGUGUGUGUAUAAAAUAAAAACUCUGCUGCAAGAAUGACCGUCACUUGAAACUCUGGGACAACGCAGGGAUUCUGGGCAGUGCCACUGCUCUGCUUUCAGGGCUCCUUAACGCUGCAAGACCCUGCAGAGAGCAGACCCUGCUCAGUGUGAGCUUUCACCACCACUGGCCCAACCAAGGAUGUCUGCAGAGCCCACGCCGGAUGCCAGCUCAGGCAGGAGAGCUGUGCAGUGCUCGUUCAGCAUUGAAAACAUCCUUGCCAGCCCGGCAGAGAGGAGCCCCCAGGUUCUGGUUCCACUCUGUCUCCGAGGCAUCCUGGACUGUGCGCCCAAGGGGCUGUGCGAGCUGGAGGGCAUUGCCCUGCAGGAGGAGGAGGAGGAGGAGGAGGAGGAAGAGCUGGAAGGUGCGGUUUGUAGCUGCUGCUGCUGCUCCCACACGGGCACACGGCCUCUGCAGGACCCUCCAGGUUGGCUGGGUGAGUGACUGGGGCUCUGCGCGGUGCAGUUCGUUUGUUGGGUGACAGUGCAGUGUCCAACCUGCCACAGUGCUGGGUGCCUUUCUCUGACCUCAGCUCUGGUGAGGAGCUGCUGAGUCUGCUGUUAGCAGGGCUUCUGAGAGCUGCAUCCUCACCAGAGUUUUAAAUCAGCAGGUACUUUUUGUUACCAAGUAUUGCUGGUUUACAGUAAAGCACGCAGAGUGGCAGUUCAGGGUAGGAGCUCUGCAGAGAGCAUGGCUCCAUGGUCAUGCUGACAGAGCUCCUUUGCACCACCCGCUCUUGGGAACCUCACUUGUCCUUUCAGGGAAAAGUGGGAGGUUUUUUUGCUACAUCUAGCAAAAUGGAUGCAUUUAGCAAAAGAAAAUAAAAGAAAAAUAGAAAACCUUAAUUUGUGAAGUUUCUGAAAGUUCAGAAAUACUCCAUGUUAUGAUGGAAAAACAACUCCUAACCGUGCUGUUAAGUUUCCAAGUCAUUUUCUAGAGCUUGCCCACAGCAUCACAGGUAAGUGAACAAAGAAAAUAACACUAGUGCUCCCCACCUAUCUGCUUCUUUCCAAGUGACACUCUGAGCCCUUCUCCUGCUUGCACUGUGAUCAUACAUCUUUCACCCAAGCAAGCUGCACUCCAUCCACACAAUGAGUGCAGAUGCAAACAGUGCUCGAUGCCACUGUAUUUCAGCUGCUCACUCCCACAGAGCUGACUGUCCCUCUCCUUGCAGACACCAGGUUCCCUUGGCCCAUGCGACUGCUCCACUCAGCAGUCAGAGGCUGCAAGAGCCCUCAGGGCAGCCCCAGUGAGCUGCAGGCCUUCCAGCAGAUCCAGCGCCGGACGCGCCGCCAUCGCACCAUAUUCACCGAGGAGCAGCUGCAGGCCCUGGAAACACUUUUCCACCAGAACCAAUACCCAGACGUCAUCACCAGGGAGCACUUGGCCAACCGCAUCCACCUGAAGGAGGAAAGGGUGGAGGUCUGGUUUAAGAACCGUCGAGCCAAGUGGAGACAUCAGAAGAGAGCAUCUGCCUCAGCAACGGUCCUUCAGGGCAGCGUGGAGCCGCCCAAGGAGAGCUGCUAACGGCCCUGCGGGAGGGGAGCAGCGGGGCCGGGCUUCAGAGAGCGGGAUGGUGAAUGCAGGCGGGGCUCCUCCGAAACCCGGCCUGCGUGCUGAGCCCUGUUCACGUGGCGUGGCCCUCAGGUGCUGAAGCGGGCACGAAGCGAACAGGCGGUGUGCGGACAGUGCCUGUGCUGUGCACACGAGUCCCGGCCGGGCUCCCCGGGCUGUGCUGGUUGUGUUCGUGUCAGCUCUGCUUUGUGAACACGUGCCGAUGAAGGCUGCUCUCAGCACUCCAUGGCUUCGAGCAUCGCUUUGGGGCCCCCAGGUCGAGGUGCCUCACCCCAAGCAAUGCCGGCCAUGGCACGGGCAAAGACCCGCGUCUC